CUGAGGAAAGAUGUGUCGGUAGGCAGCAGCAGCAGCAUGUAAGUAAUUAGAUCCUAAAGCAGUGCCUGCUUCAAAGUCUGCGAAUUUCUGGAGUGAGGUUAAAACAACUUCAGCUACAGACAAUGAACUAUGUGGGUCAGAUUGCUGAAACCGUAUUUGGCACUGUAAAGAAGCUGUAUAAGGGUCUCAACCCUGCCACCCUGACUGGCUGCAUUGAUGUCGUUGUGGUAAGGCAGCCAGAUGGCUCCUUACACUGUUCACCUUUCCAUGUGCGCUUUGGGAAGCUACGUGUUUUGCGAUCCAGUGAAAAAGUGGUUGACAUAGAAAUCAAUGGGGAACCAGUCAAUCUGCAGAUGAAAUUGGGUGACAAUGGAGAAGCAUUUUUUGUCCAAGAAUCAGAGGAACAAAAGGAGACUCUCCCCACGUCUUUGUGUACAUCUCCCAUCCCCUCUGAGAAAAGUUCGGAUGCUGUCACCAGAUCUUCCAGCUUGUAUAGCAACCCUGAAGGUUUGGGCUCAGACACAGCUUUCCGUAAGAAGAGACGGAGAAAGAAGAAGCCAAGGAAGAGGGCAUCAUCUGCAGAUUCAACUUCAGAAGAAGAGGGGACUGAAAGUGAGCAACUUCUGGAGGAGAAGCGGAAACUGUUGACUUCCAGCAAUACAAUGUAUUAUUCAUUCACUGAUGUUCAGAAUGAAGAAGCUGGGACUUUGCAACCUCAGGAAGCCUAUCCCUAUUCUGAUGGAGAACUGCCUCCUCUGCAGAGCCUUUCUCCGAACUGCUCAUCAGCUCCAAAAAGUGAUUCUGAAUUGGAACUUCGAAAUCCUGAUCUGCUGCAUGGCUCCGAAUCACAUCUGCACUGGUCAUGGGGAAGAUUGCCAGAGGUGAGCAGAUCAGAACGAGUAGAUUCAACCAAACUCUCUGUGAGUGUCUCCACAACAGCAACCAUCACCCAAACAACCACCACUGUUCCAGUACGUGAGACAACCCAUUUUGUGGCCAUUGCUGGAGGCUCAGAAAGUGAUGCGUGCUUAGUGGACUCUGAUAAAACAUCAUACUCUCCAGUCGUUCCUAUUAUUAGGCCAACCCCUGUUUUCUCUGCUGGAAAUGGUUGUGCAGGGCAAGAGGCAUGUCCUUCCAUUCAGGUGCUUGACUGUAAUCUAGAGAUUACCACUAGCCUUCCAGAAGAUGGUCGAGGUGGAGCAGGAUCUGCAGAGAAUGAAGGAAUAACGUUCAUUGAGGAGACAACUGGAAAGACUGGGUCUUUGGAGGAAACUAGCUGGGUGGACAUAGAGCCUUGUAGCAGCCCAGAGGUCAGACAAGAGAAAAGGAAGAGUUCUUUGAAGAGAAGCCCUCAUCUGGGACCUACUGAUAUUUAUUUAGAAGAUCUCUCGAAUUUGGAUGCAGAACAAUUAGCACUUUAUUUUCCCAAAAGCGAUGCUGAGCUGAGCAGACAAACACAAAGUGAUCCUGGCAGCUUCUCUCAGAACCAUGUACUGGCCAGUGCUACUGUUGAUAACAGUUCAGACAAUAUUUUGGAGCCUAGGGCAUGCGGCCAGGUGCCCCCCGUUCUCCUAUCUGUCUGUGGAGGUCUUGGGGAUGAUGGGGAGUUAUCUCAUGCAGAGAAGUUUAUGAAACAUGUAGUCUCUUACCAAGAGUUUGCAGAGAAUCCAGCAAUUCUCGAUGAUCCAAAUCUGGUGAUACAGAUGCAUAAGAAGUAUUAUAACUGGGCAGUUGCAGCACCUAUGCUCCUCUCCCUACAGGCUUUCCAUAAAAACCUUCCAAAGAGUACUAUUGACAGACUAAUGAAGGAGAAGAUGCCCAAGAAAGGUGGCAGGUGGUGGUUUUCUUGGCGACGAAGAGAACUCUUGAAUGAGGAGAAAGCCAAUGCUGCAGGCAAGCAUCAGGAGGAGAACUCCCUUCAGAGGAGAGAAGAGACCUCAACCAGUGAUGACGAGUCCAUAUCCUCAGACCAUGGGGACCAAACUGUACCAGAUGCAAUCACACAGAAAUUCCUCCCAACCUACAAGAAAUCCCUACGGCUCUCUUCGGAUCAAAUUAAAAGUCUGAACCUGAGAGAUGGGCCCAACGAGGCAGUGUUUAGCGUGACCACUCAGUAUCAGGGCACAUGUCGCUGUGAAGCCACCAUCUACCUAUGGAACUGGCAUGACAAGGUGGUGAUCUCUGACAUCGAUGGAACCAUCACCAGAUCUGAUGCUCUAGGUCACAUCUUACCACAUCUGGGAAAAGACUGGACCCAUGAAGGCAUUGUUCAGCUGUUCCACAAAAUCCAUCUGAACGGAUACAAGUUUCUGUACUGCUCGGCCAGAGCGAUUGGAAUGGCACACAUCACCAAAGGCUACCUAGAAUGUGUCAAUGACCAGGGAUGGGUGCUUCCCAAAGGUCCCAUCCUGCUGGCCCCCAGCAGCCUCUUCUCUGCCUUUCAUAGAGAAGUCAUAGAGAAGAAGCCAGAGGUGUUCAAAAUUGCCUGCUUAACAGACAUCCAGAAUCUAUUUGGCUCUGGCAGGCAACCCUUCCAUGCUGCUUUUGGAAACAGAACAUUAUUUGAUGUCUAUGCAUACAAGAAAGUGGGUCUGCCAGAAUCUCGUAUAUUCAGCGUGAAUCCGAAGGGAGAACUGACUCAUGAACUCACCAAACUCCACAAAUCCACAUAUGGCCGGCUGGGUGAGGUGGUAGAGCUCCUCUUUCCAUCUAUUGGUGAAGAUACAAGUGCUUCUUUGGCUUGCCCAGAGUUCAGCCAGUUCUCUUACUGGAGAUCUCCACUUCCCACAGUUGACUUUGAAGAUUUUGCUUGAUGAUGCAGAACCAGCCUUCUUCACAAAGGCUCUUUAAAAGUUGGUCCUUGAGUCUAGCAGGAUGGACUGGAAGCAAACAUACUUUUCAACACUUCCCCACUAUGUGAAAUACUUGAGCUUUCAGAAAGGCUGCAGGCUUCUCUGGGAAAGAGCAUCUACGUCUGUAAUUUUCUUUCAUUUUCAAUGGAAAGGAGAUCUCGUAAUCCAAGAUUUAGCAAACUUGUUUAUGCUGUAUGACUGAAUGCAUCCCCUGUUCUGCAAAAUGGAUGCCUUUAUGAGGUCCUUCAGUAGUUGAAUUGUCUCCUCUAUCCAUGGUUGGUGAGAAAUUUGAUGGAAUGUUAAUAAAAGUUGUUAGUCCUUCCACAACCACAACCUUAAAAAAAUUAUUCAGGUCCCCCACACUCUCAUUUGCUGAUUGCUUAAAUAAGAGCCAUGUGAUUUGAAGGGAAAAGUGGGGAGAACCUCUUAGAGGUGGUUAUUUUAGUGGUGUGAUAUGUUAUGGGUGAGAUGAAUUAUUUGCUUCAUAUUAUGUCUCUGGUUGCACUGGAUGACUGUUAUUAGAUAAUGACUGAUAUUCACCAGUGACAUACUAUGUUUCUGGAUGCUAAGGGUUUAGUAUACAUGAAUGCUUACUGAUUGCCUCUCCAAGUCUGAUUGUGCUUAAUAAGCCAUUUAUUGCUAUGGCUUCAUCCAAUUCAUCCUACAGAACUUUGGAAUUUGUGGUAUGGUGGUACGGUAGCAGUCUGUGCUAGAGAAUUCAGAACACACACCCUUGAAUUAAAGCACAGGAUCCAAAGUAUAACACUAACAUACAAUUCCCAGGGUUUUGUAGGACUAAACUGCCAUAAUUGCAGAGACAGAUAAUGUGUGUGUAUUUCUCCUUCCUCAUACUGCUGAAGGUGAUUGUGACAGAAGCAGUGUUGAACAUAGUAUGUGUCUUGCUAAAAUCUCUUAUGAGGUUCUGUAAUACUUCAAGCAAGAUGAAUUCUCCAGGGCCAUACGUGUGACAUUUGACCAGUGAUGAGCGUAGGCCAGAAGACUUGGAUACCUCUGUCCUACUACUUUCAGCUCUACAUAAACAAUUGUGUCUCUUGCCUGUCUGAUUCCAGUAACAUCUGCUUUCAAAGGAACUUUUCAUUGUGAUAAACUGUCUCCUUUUUGAAAUA